GUCGUAUUUAACCCCCGGUCCAGUCGUAUCGGUCGUAAAAAGUCGAGUGUUCGGGUUUCGCCUCUGCGUUUUCUUCUUCUCCCCCCGAUACUCAUCCAAACCAAAAUCUUCAACCUGAUUGUUCGAAACUUCAAUCUAACGAAUGGGGCCUCCUGUCAGACCGAACAAGCAGUCCUUCGGUACUGCCAAUGCUAUUGGGAAGCAAAACCUAUUCGAAUCAUCAUCGGAUGCCAUGUUUAACAAUCUAUGGGUCGGCAAUUUGGCCGCCGACGUUACAGAUUCAGAUUUGAGGAAUCUAUUUGAGAAACACGGUGCCGUUGAUAGUGUUACCUGUUAUCCGUCAAGGAGCUACGCCUUUGUCAACAUGAAGCGUCCGGAGGAUGCAAAAAGGGCAAAAGAGUCCCUUCAGGGCUUUGUUUUGCGUGGGAGCGCGCUGAAGAUUGAUUUUGCCAAACCGGCUAAACCCUGCAAGAGUCUGUGGGUAAGUGGCAUCAGCAGUUCCACUACCAAGGAAGAUCUAGAGGAAGAAUUUUCCAAAUUUGGUAAAUUUGAGGAUUUCAAAUUCCUAAGAGAUAAGAACACAGCGUACAUUGAUUAUUCCAGACUAGAGGAUGCAUCAAAGGCUCUUAAAAUGAUGCAUGGCAAGAAAAGAGGGGGAUCUGUCAUUCGUGUCGACUAUCUAAGAUCUCAACCCAAAAGAGACCAGGGUCCUGAUUUCCGUGAUGCAAAGGAAGGACAGCAUUUCAGAAGUAUGGGUCCACAUGAUUCAGCAUGGUUGCCACCAGAUAGUGUUAAAAAUUACCCUGAUUCUUCAUAUUAUGGUCCCAAAAGGCAACAGCAUAAUAUAUUGGGCAUGGAAGGUCGAAAAGGAGACGGAGAGCAACCAAGUAAUGUUUUGGUAAUAUCAUAUCCUCCCAUCGUUCACAUUGAUGAACAAAUGUUACACAAUGCCAUGAUUUUAUUCGGUGAGAUUGACGAUAUCACAAGCUUUCCUUCAAGACAUCAUUAUCUUGUUGAAUUUAGAAGCAUAGAAGAGGCACAACUCGCUAAAGACGGACUACAAGGCCGUUUGUUUAACGACCCCAGAAUCUCAAUCACGUAUGCAACCAACGACCAAACACUCCACCCUCAUGGAAUCUUUAAUGAACCACCACCACCACCACACUUGGAUGCAUAUGGUCACCCUGUAUUAAUACCAAAUAGGCCUUAUGUAGGAGGAGGACCUUUUGUCCCUCCAGAUAUCUUUGAUCCUCCAGAGUUUCCUAUGAGUAUGAAUCCAAUGGGUGUAGGUGUAGGUGUCCCUAACUGGAGAAGAUCUUCCCCUAAUCCAUCUCCUGGUCCUGGGACAUGGGAUGUUUUUGAUGGGACCCAUUUGCAUAGGGAACCUAAAAGACUAAGAACUGAGGCUAAUAUACCUUUGAGAGAUCAGGAUCCAUAUGGUGGUGCUGCUGCUGGUAGACAUGCAAGUCAUCCUGGUUGUGACUAUAUUUGGCGAGGUGUUAUUGCUAAAGGUGGAACUCCUGUUUGUCAUGCUCGUUGUGUUCCUAUUAGAGACUGGAUUGGAUAUGAGAUCCCAGAAGUGGUUAAUUGCUCAGCCAGAACAGGAUUAGAUAUGCUAGCAAAGCACUACACAGACGCAAUCGGAUUCGAUAUCGUUUUCUUCUUGCCAGAUAGUGAAGAAGACUUUGCUUCAUAUACAGAAUUCGUACGUUAUUUAGGUGACAGAAACCGGGCCGGGGUCGCUAAAUUCGAUGACGGAACUACCCUUUUCCUGGUCCCACCUUCCGAUUUCCUUUCCAAUGUUUUAAAUGUUUCCGGCCCCGAACGUCUCUAUGGAGUUAUCCUCAAGUUCCCCCAACCACCACCUCAAUACAUCGAUAAACAGCAGAUCCCUCCUCAAAAUGACUACAAUGUAAUCAUGCCAGGUGGCGGGGAGAAGCAUAGCGGUGUCCCACUCCCACAUGAAGGCUUAAAGUCACCCACUCUUCCACCACAACCGGUGGUUAUCCCGUCAUCUACGCCGCCCGGGCUCUCUUUAACACCUGAACUUAUCGCAACUCUCGCUUCUUUGGCCAAAGGAAAGUUUAACGCUGCGGCUGCCCAACAACAACCUUCUGCCACGUCAGCAUCAGCAUCAGCAUCGGAGAGACCGUGGGAAUAUGAACCUGAACCUAGUGGACAUUUAAUGCAACAAGCUCAGCCACAAGUUCCACCUGGUUACGGAGGUCAAGAUGUGAAUUUCACCAUCCCACAAGGCCAAUCUGGUCAAUUUGCAGUUCCAAGCCAGCAGCAAUAUGUUCCCAACUUCACGUAUGGAUUUGAACAGAAGCCGGAUGCUUUAAGUCAGGUUUAUGGUGGUGGUGGUGGUGGUGGUAACGUUUAUCAACCACAAAGUAUGGGAGGCGAACAAAAGACGGAUGCGCCCUUGGGAAGUCAGAUUUAUGGUGGUGGUGGUGGUUACCAACCACAAAAUAUGGGAGGAGGUGAGAACGCUGCUGGUGGUGGUGUGCAGCUGCCGGAGCAAAUGCAGCAGCUUCAGUCUGCACUAUAUGCAGCGAGUCAACAGCAACCGGUGGCUGAUUUUGAUGCUGAUAAAAACGAGAGAUAUCAGUCAACACUGCAGUUUGCUACCAAUCUCCUCCUCAAAAUACAUCAGCAGCAGCCAGGGCAAGGUAGUGGUGGUGGUGGUUCUCUUCACUGAGACUGAGUUGUAGGGUGAGAUGGGGUUCAAUCAUAUGGUUUUGAUACGAUCAAUGAAUGUGGUGCAUUUGGCAUAUCUUUCUUGGUUUGGACGACGUCAUGUAUAUUGUUUCUUUGCGGAGUUGGCUUGGUUGGAAGAUGGUGUGUUUGUUUUUCUUUUUAUUUUAGGAGUCAAUUUUCCGUCAACAUCUUUUCUAUUACACCAGUAACAAAGUAACUCUGUCAAAGAAAUAGUUAUGGCUUAUGAUAGCUCUUUUUAAACUAUGCUCACAAAAUGGGCUAUGAACUUAUUGAUUUUGGUUUAUGCUAAAAAAAACUUUGAGCUUUUUAGAAUUGAAACUUAAUGAGUUAUCAAUAUGUGCUUGAUUAAAUGUUGUAGGAGAAGUAAAUGUGUUAUUCCGUCAAGUAACCCCUCGGCUAGCUCACACCCUCAAGGGUCAUUAUCUAAGAUGUAAAUUACGUACACAUGUGUUAACUUGCUUGCAUAAAAGGCGAUUAUACAUACAUUAAUACAACACACAUGUAUAUAUGUAUAUGUAUGAUGG